CAGACCAUCAUCCAGUUGCUCCAUGCCUUCCACCCAAUUUGGCAGGAGGGAGAGGUGAGCAGGAACUGUCAUCAGCAAAUGUAUGAUGGUGGGGGAGAUAGCACCAACAAUACACAGCAAAGCAGUUCCUACGGUGUCUGCAGUGAUGCACAGCACACUGGGAUACCACCCCUGAAAUGGAAGUGCCAACACUGUGUAACAACAGCACAAGUGUGGUUGUGGGUAUGUGCACGUACACAGCGUGAUACCUGUGUACAGUACAGUAUAUGUGGACACAUUAUUUUAUUAAUAUUAUUGCAUCACUUAUACCAUCAAAGAAUAAACAUUUCUAUUGGCAAAUUAUUGCCCCCAAUGAUAGGAAUAGGUUGUUGAAUACUUUAUUAGAUCUUGAUUAAAAAAAAAGAGAUUCUUUGAGGACUUGAAUGGGAGCCUAUCUACGCAAAUCUCAUCAGGGCUUUGAAGUUAAUGGGGUGCUGCACAGGAGUCUGCUGUGCAGUCAGCUGCAGAAUCAGGGCCUAAUUUAGGGCUAACUCCUGCAACCAUUAAUCACAUAAACAGGCCUUACUCAAGUGAGUAACAGUCUACUUGUGUGUCUCUAUGCUAAUUGCAUGAGAAAGGGUUAAAGGAACAUGCCCUUAAAGAGGCACAUAGAGGUUGUGCUUCAGAGUAGCAGCUGUGUUAGUCUGUAUUCGCAAAAAGAAAAGGAGGACUUCUGGCACCCUAGAGACUAACCAAUUUAUUUGAGCGUAAGCUUUCGUGAGCUACAGCUCACUUCAUCGGCUGCAUAGAGGUUGUGCUAUAACACAACACAUAUAACAGCUCUGCCAGCAGCAAACCCUCCUAGUGGUGAGGCAGCUGACAGAGGCCAAAAGAGGCGCUUCGGCGGGCGUGCCCUUACACCGGGUGCCUGGGGGAAAUAAGCGCUACCAACGCACUUGUAGGUCACUACAACCGAGUCGACAUCACUACAACCGAGUCGACACCAAGGGCACUUCCUGCUGGAGACGAAUUACCCCCCCGAACACAUGAACCUUCCGCCCCGGCAGCCGCUCCCGCCGGAACCCGGGCCUGGCAGGGUCGGGCACCCAGCGGCGGCGGAGACUGACACGGUUUCCCACACGGCGGCCCGCCCACGGCGCUAAGCCAGGCUGCUGACCACGAUGCCGUUUCCCAGCGCGGCCAAGCCCCGUCGAGGAGCCAGGGGGCGACACCCCCAUUACCGUGGCCUCCCCCCCGCGCGGGCGCUGCUGGUCACGGGGCGGCUCGGACCCGCGUGGGCUGCUCGCGGGGCAAUGGCGGGUACCCCGGGCCGGCGCGAGGGGGGCGUGGUUCAGCGUCACCGGGUUGUGCGCGAGUCGGCUCGGUGCCGGCCGGCCGGCGGCUGGAGCGGCGGGGGCGGGGCCUCAGGGGAGGCGGGCUGACGUUGGGCCGUUCCCGCCCGAGCCGUUCCGGGGUCAGAGGGCGUGUUUGUGACGGCGGUUGGGUGCGCGAGGCGACGGGAGCGGAGCGAGGCGGAGGCUGCCGGCCGCCCGGGAGCUCGCAGCAGCAGCACUGGGCUGAAGCGGCCCGGCGGGGGCCAGCGCCGGCAGCACCAUGUCACGCGGCUCGAUCGAGAUCCCCCUCCGGGACACUGACGAGGUCAUUGAGCUUGACUUCGAUCAGUUACCGGAGGGGGAUGAAGUUAUAAGUAUCCUGAAACAGGAACAUACUCAGCUGCACAUAUGGAUUGCUUUAGCGUUGGAAUAUUACAAACAAGGAAAAACAGAAGAUUUUGUGAAACUGUUGGAAGCUGCACGAAUAGAUGGUAACUUGGAUUAUAGAGACCAUGAAAAAGAUCAGAUGACAUGCUUGGAUACUCUGGCAGCAUACUAUGUACAGCAGGCACGGAAGGAAAAGAAUAAAGACAACAAGAAGGAGCUCAUUACACAAGCUACCCUGCUGUAUACUAUGGCUGACAAAAUUAUCAUGUAUGAUCAGAAUCACUUGUUGGGAAGAGCCUGCUUCUGUCUGCUGGAGGGUGAUAAAAUGGACCAGGCUGAUGCACAGUUUCAUUUUGUGCUCAACCAGUCUCCAAAUAAUAUUCCAGCCCUCCUUGGUAAAGCAUGCAUUUCAUUCAACAAGAAAGAUUAUAGAGGAGCCCUUGCCUACUACAAGAAAGCACUACGAACCAACCCAGGUUGUCCAGCUGAGGUUCGAUUAGGCAUGGGCCAUUGCUUCGUGAAACUGAACAAAUUGGAAAAAGCUCGUCUGGCAUUCAGCAGGGCUCUGGAGCUCAAUUCGAAAUGUGUAGGGGCUUUGGUUGGAUUGGCUGUUCUAGAACUCAAUAACAAAGAGGCUGAUUCUAUCAAAAAUGGUGUUCAACUCCUUUCUAGAGCUUACACAAUUGAUCCCAGUAACCCAAUGGUGCUGAACCACUUGGCUAAUCACUUUUUCUUCAAAAAGGAUUAUGGUAAAGUCCAGCACUUGGCUCUCCAUGCUUUCCAUAAUACAGAAGUUGAAGCUAUGCAGGCAGAGAGUUGCUACCAGCUGGCCCGGUCUUUUCACGUACAGGAAGAUUAUGACCAAGCUUUCCAAUACUACUACCAAGCCACACAGUUUGCCUCAUCCUCUUUUGUAUUACCAUUUUUUGGAUUGGGGCAAAUGUACAUUUAUCGGGGGGACAAAGAGAAUGCAUCACAAUGCUUUGAAAAAGUUUUGAAAGCCUACCCUAACAAUUAUGAGACUAUGAAAAUCCUUGGAUCUCUUUAUGCUGCUUCAGAAGACCAAGACAAACGAGAUAUUGCAAAAGGUCACUUGAAGAAAGUCACAGAACAGUAUCCAGAUGACGUAGAAGCGUGGAUUGAACUAGCGCAAAUCCUUGAGCAGACUGACAUACAGGGUGCCCUCUCAGCCUAUGGAACAGCAACACGCAUCCUUCAGGAGAAAGUGCAGGCUGAUGUCCCACCAGAGAUUUUGAAUAAUGUGGGUGCUCUCCAUUUUAGGCUUGGAAAUCUAGGUGAAGCAAAGAAAUACUUUUUGGCAUCUCUGGAUCGUGCUAAGGCAGAAGCUGAACAUGAUGAGCAUUACUACAAUGCUAUCUCAGUAACAACAUCUUAUAAUCUUGCCAGACUAUAUGAGGCAAUGUGUGAAUUCCAUGAAGCAGAAAAGCUAUAUAAAAACAUUUUAAGGGAACAUCCUAACUAUGUUGACUGCUAUUUGCGCUUAGGAGCUAUGGCUAGAGAUAAAGGCAAUUUUUAUGAGGCUUCUGAUUGGUUUAAAGAAGCACUUCAGAUAAAUCAGGACCAUCCAGAUGCUUGGUCUUUAAUUGGUAAUCUUCACUUGGCUAAACAAGAAUGGGGUCCAGGACAGAAGAAAUUUGAAAGGAUAUUGAAACAACCAUCCACGCAAAAUGACACUUACUCCAUGCUGGCUCUUGGUAAUGUCUGGUUACAAACUUUGCAUCAGCCCACCAGGGAUAGAGAGAAGGAAAAGCGUCAUCAAGAUCGUGCACUAGCAAUCUACAAGCAAGUACUUAGAAAUGAUCCAAAGAAUUUGUAUGCUGCUAAUGGCAUAGGAGCUGUAUUGGCACACAAAGGAUAUUUCCGUGAGGCUCGUGAUGUUUUUGCCCAAGUGAGAGAGGCAACAGCAGAUAUCAGUGAUGUGUGGCUGAAUUUGGCGCACAUCUACGUAGAACAGAAGCAGUACAUCAGUGCUGUGCAGAUGUAUGAAAACUGCCUCAGAAAGUUCUAUAAGCAUCAGAAUACUGAAGUAUUGUUGUACUUGGCCCGAGCACUCUUCAAAUGUGGCAAAUUACAGGAAUGCAAACAGACUUUGCUGAAGGCUAGACAUGUAGCACCCAGUGAUACAGUCCUUAUGUUUAAUGUGGCUCUAGUGCUACAGAGGCUAGCCACCUCUGUCCUGAAAGAUGAAAAAAGUAACCUGAAGGAAGUACUAAAUGCUGUGAAAGAACUGGAGUUAGCCCACAGAUACUUCAGUUAUUUAAGUAAAGUAGGAGAUAAAAUGAGAUUUGAUUUGGCUCUUGCUGCUACUGAAGCCAGGCAAUGCUCUGAUUUACUGAGUCAAGCUCAAUAUCAUGUGGCUCGUGCACGCAAGCAGGAUGAAGAAGAGAGAGAACUGCGUGCCAAGCAAGAGCAAGAAAAGGAGUUGCUCCGCCAAAAACUGCUUAAAGAACAGGAAGAAAAACGCCUCAGAGAGAAAGAAGAACAAAAGAAACUUCUGGAACAACGAGCCCAAUACGUGGAGAAGACCAAGAAUAUUUUGAUGUUCACUGGAGAAGUAGAAGGAUCGAAGGAGAAGAAACGUGGUGGUGGAAGGCGUUCCAGAAAAGGAGGAGAAUUUGAUGAGUUUGUCAAUGAUGAGAGUGACGAAGAUCUGCCUGUGUCCAGAAAGAAAAAGAGGAGGAAAGGCAGUGGUAGCGAACAAGAUGGUGAAGAAGAAGAUGGCGAGAGGAAGAAGAAAAAGAGGAGGAGACCCCAGAAAGGAGAUGAUGGAACCGAUGAUGAAGAAAAUGAAAAUGGCCCAAGACCUAAAAAACGACGUCCACCCAAAGCAGAGAGGAAAAAAGCUGCCAAGCCAGAACGUCUGCCUCCUUCAAUGAAGGGAAAGAUCAAAUCAAAAGCCAUAAUUUCAUCUAGUGAAGAUUCUUCUGAUGAGGAUAAACUCAAAAUUGCUGAUGAUGGAAAUGCCAGGAACAGCAACAGUGAUUCUGAUGACGCUGAACAGCCGCGCAAUAAACGCAUCAUGUCUGACAGCGAUUCAGAUAACGGAAACAAGUCUGGUAGUGAGGUAGGUAGUCCACGGAGGUCCAGUGCUCAUCCAUCUGAUGAGGAUUCGGACAGUGACAGGUCAGCCAGAAAGAAGAGACUGUCAGAUUCAGAACAGUCUGACAAUGAGUCUGUGCAAUCUGGGAGAAGCCACUCUGUACAAUCAGGAAGUCGUCACUCGGGUGGCUCAGAGAAUGAAUCUCGUCCAGCUUCUCGCAGUGGUGAUUCAGACAGAGAUUCUGAUAGAGGAUCUGACAACGAAGGCUCUGGCAGAGAGUCUGGCAAUGAAUCUGAACCAGAGGCAUCCAACAUUGAGGGGUCUGAACAUGGAUCAGAAGGUGGAUCAGAUGAUAGCGAUUAGAUUUAAAUUACAGCCAUUUUUUAAAAAUUGUUUUUUAAAUAUACUUCAGUUAUGAGGAGGAAAAUCCAAUUUUUAUAUUUGAAAACUGAUUUAAAAAAACGUAAUGUUUUAGUAAAACUGUUGUGAAACUUGUUUCAUAUGAUUUUGUUCUAUCAAGCUGUACAUUACUAGGCAUUAAUGAAUAUUUCUCUGUGUUGGUGUAUAUGGUGUGUUCUUACACUGAAACUAACAUAGCUGAUGAUCACAGAUGCUGUACAGUGAGUGGUAAACUCACACAGUGAGGAUGGGGUGUAUGUAAAUGCUGCAGAACAAAAACACCCAAGUUCAAAGAGUUGGUUAAAACUGUGGUGUAUUUGUUCCAUGUUUCUACAUGCAAAAAAGGUACAGGCCAAUCUUCAUGAGAUCUUAUUGAAUGGUACAAAGAACUUUGGAUAUUUAUUUCUUUGUGUCAUUCUGAAUAGAGAUCAAUGGUGAUGUUUUUUUACCUUCUGUUAAAGGAUAAGUUUACUGUGAUGCAACUCCUAAGUUUUGAAAAAUUUUCCUUCUUGUGCCUGCUUGUUUUCCUGAUAUACCAAUUUAAAAAAAUAAAUAAAAAGCAACCAAGAUGCAGGUUAAAACAAAAGUUUAUGAAACAACAUUACAGGUAUGUAGAUAAAAUGCAAAUAUAUUAAGUUGACAGGUGAAAAAUAAAGAUGUAGAAAACUUUCUGUAUUCUUAUGUGGUAGAGUGAAGAGAUCUGCCAUUGUUGCAAUAAUAAAAAGUAGUUACUACCAUC